UUUCUAUUAUGAAUUAGAGAUUGAAUAAUAUUAUUGGGCAAUUUUCAGUCUAACCUGCAUAAUUGAAGUAAAUAGCUAAGAGGAUAUUUCUUUAUUUUGGAUGCCUUACUCUAGUGGUCAAUUUAUUAGAGUGGAAACUACUUUAUCUUCCUAGCAUUGAUGGAUAAUUCGCUCACAUGAACCAUCCUUUUUUUAAAUCACCCCAAGAAAGGUAUUCUAUUCUUUAAUAUUGAAUAGAAAUUUACCCUUCGAAGAUAUAGAAAUCUAACAUGAUGGUAUUGUAUUGAAAGGAUGGUUUAUAAAAUAAUAGAAUUAUCAGACUGCUCCAACAGUCGUAUUCUUCCAUGAAAAUGCUGGAAGUAUAUUUAUUGGUUAUUAUUUAGACAUUGGAUGGAGGUUAGAGUAUGCUCAUUAAUAUUAUGAUCGAGUAAAAUGCAAUUUUGUUAUUGUUGCAUAUAGAGGUUACACUUAUAGCACUGGCACUCCACACUAAAAUGGCAUUCAAAAAGAUGCUAUUGCUAUUACUAAUUAUGUUUUUAACAAUUUAAAUAUUGAUAAAACUAAUAUUUUUGCACAUGGAAGAAGUCUCGGAGGGGCUGUUGCUACAUAUGCCUUCUAUCAAAGAUAAGAAAAUGCUAAGGAGACAGGAGAGAUGCAAUAUAAAGGAUUGAUUAUUGAAAACUCUUUCACUAAAGUAGCAGAUGUAGUUUCAAAUAUGAAUGGCUUUUUUAAAAUUUUAAGUUCUUUUAUUAUGUUUAAUACUUGGAAGACGAUUGAGCUUAUACCAAAGAUUUAAAACCCAAUCUUAUUCAUUUCAUGUAUAAAAUUUAAUCAAAAUACAAGCUGGCCAAGAUGAAGUUAUUCCUCAUUAAUAAAUGCAUAAACUUUCUCAAGCUGCACAGAAUACAAGUUAAAAGUUUCAUUAUCACAUCCCUCAAGGAGAUCAUAACUCAAAUUGGAAUUAUAAUCGAAAUGAAUAUUUUGGUACUAUCGAAAAAUUCAUAAACUCAAUAAAUUAACUUUGA